GUUUUUCCAAUAAGAAUUGGCGUGAAGUGAACAUUUUUAUCAAUAUUAAUACGCGAAACCGUUUUAAAGCCAAUAAGAAAACUACCCAGCAAUGCAACGGAAAAUGCUGGACACUGUGAUUUUGUGAAACUAUUCGAAUUCGUCGGAAAACCAAGGAAAUUACCUGGAAAAACCAAUCAAUUUAAAACGCUGUGCAAACAGGAUCAGGAUCACCAGCCAGCCGCACACCACCACAAGCCGAGUGGUCCACCGCUGCUCCCCACACAGACACGCAAGGACAUCGCACGGAGGAACGAGGAGCAGCCGGAUCAGGAUUAGGAUCAGGUUCAGGAUCGGGAUUAGGAAUAGGAAUAGGACAGGAUAGAACAGGACAGUCACCGAUCCCACGACCAUGUUCACGGGCAAGCUGCAGAUCAAGGUGUGCGAGGCGAGCGGCCUGCGGCCCACAGACUUCCAGAAGCGCCACAACCUCACCUUCGGCAAACUGGCCGACGAGCAGCUCAUCGAUCCCUAUGUCUCCAUAGAUGUCGACGAGAGUCACUUCGAUCGAGCCACCACAAGGCCAAAGACAUUCGAUCCUGUUUGGAACGAGCAGUUCGUCCACGACGUGACCAAUGUGAGCAACAUCAACUUGACCGUCUUUCAUGAUGCCGCUCUGCCGCCGGAUGACUUUGUGGCCAACUGCAUCAUCUCCUUCGAGGACCUCAUGCAGAGCGAAACCGCUGUGCAGGAUCUAUGGGUUAACUUGGAGCCGCAGGGCAAGAUUCACGUCAUCAUUGAGCUAAAGAAUCGCACGGAUAAAGCCAAAGCCGAGGCCGUGGUGGAGCACACGGUGGCCGUUAACAAGGAGUUCAAAGAGCGCGCCGGAUUCAACCGCCGUCGCGGUGCCAUGCGUCGUCGGGUCCAUCAGGUGAAUGGGCACAAGUUCAUGGCAACGUUUUUGCGUCAACCCACCUUCUGUUCGCAUUGCCGGGAGUUUAUCUGGGGAAUUGGUAAACAAGGCUAUCAAUGUCAAGUCUGCACGUUAGUUGUACAUAAAAAAUGUCACCUGUCGGUGGUGUCCAAGUGUCCGGGCAUGCGGGAUGAGCAGCAAACCAAAGUGGAGGUGGUGCCCGCGGGCCAGAGGUUCAAUGUGAAUGUGCCGCACCGCUUUGUGGUGCACAGCUACAAGCGGUUCACCUUCUGCGACCACUGCGGAUCCCUACUAUAUGGCCUGAUCAAGCAGGGAUUGCAGUGCGAGACCUGCGGGAUGAACGUGCACAAGCGGUGCCAGAAGAACGUGGCCAACACGUGCGGCAUCAACACGAAGCAGAUGGCCGAGAUCCUCAGCUCGCUGGGCAUCUCGCCGGACAAGCAGCAGCCGCGCCGCUCCAAGUACUUGAACCAGCAGGGCGAGGACAACUAUGGAGCAUCCCUGGGCAGCGAUGGCGACGGUGCACCGGGGCAGUCUUUUCGCAGUUGCGCCUUGUCGGCAGACAGCCUGGCCACCUCGACGACGACGCUGACCAGCGGCUAUAAUAGCAGCAGCUGCAUGAGCCUGGCGGUGGGCGGAUCGGGAGGCAGUGGGGCCACUGGAGAGACGCGUCCGGGCAAGUGCUCCUUGCUGGACUUCAACUUUAUCAAGGUGCUGGGCAAGGGCUCGUUUGGCAAGGUGAUGCUCGCCGAGAAGAAGGGCACCGACGAGAUCUAUGCCAUCAAGGUGCUCAAGAAGGACGCGAUCAUCCAGGACGACGACGUCGACUGCACUAUGACAGAGAAGCGCAUCCUGGCGCUGGCCGCCAACCAUCCCUUCCUGACUGCGUUACAUUCCUGUUUCCAGACCCCGGACCGCCUCUUCUUCGUGAUGGAGUACGUGAACGGCGGCGAUCUGAUGUUCCAGAUACAGAAGGCGCGUCGAUUUGAGGCCUCGCGUGCCGCCUUCUAUGCGGCGGAGGUGACACUGGCGCUGCAGUUUCUCCACACCCACGGCGUCAUCUACCGCGACCUGAAGCUGGACAACAUCCUGCUCGACCAGGAGGGCCACUGCAAGCUGGCCGAUUUUGGGAUGUGCAAGGAGGGCAUCAUGAACGGCAUGCUGACCACCACCUUCUGCGGCACCCCCGACUACAUCGCCCCGGAGAUCCUCAAGGAGCAGGAGUAUGGCGCCUCCGUCGACUGGUGGGCGCUGGGCGUCCUCAUGUACGAGAUGAUGGCUGGCCAGCCGCCGUUCGAGGCCGACAACGAGGACGAGCUCUUCGACUCCAUCAUGCACGACGACGUCCUCUAUCCGGUUUGGCUGUCCCGCGAGGCCGUCUCCAUACUGAAGGGUUUUCUCACCAAGAAUCCGGAGCAGCGACUGGGGUGCACUGGCGACGAGAACGAGAUACGCAAGCAUCCAUUUUUCGCCAAAUUGGACUGGAAGGAGCUGGAGAAGCGCAACAUAAAGCCACCAUUCCGACCUAAAAUGAAAAAUCCACGCGAUGCCAACAACUUCGAUGCGGAGUUCACCAAGGAGGAUCCAGUACUCACACCGAUUGGAAACGAGGUGGUGCGCUGCAUCAACCAGGACGAGUUCGCCGGCUUCUCGUUCGUGAAUCCCAAAUUCGGACCGGAGCGCAAAGUCUACUAAGGCCCAACGAUCGCAGUUCACGUUCACCUACCAGUUCGAUGGGCGGCGAUGCGAUCUGGAGAUCUACCCGUGAGACUGGGUACCCCGGUCGACAUUGGGUGGCCCAAGCCCAGCCAGAUCGCCAUCGCGCCGAGCUGUCAUCCAGCGAGUAGCGCAUCCCCCCUAGCAAAAGCAGUCUAAUAUUUUUCAUAUCCCCAUUUCCCGUAACUCCCCGGCGCAAUCGCUCCAAUUGUUGUCUGUUUCCAGUCGUGAUGCUCGUCCUUGUUUCGUUUCGUUUCGUUACCGGUCCUGUGUGUAGAUCACUCAUCCACAUCCAACUACCAGUGCCAAUUGUCGAAACUGCUAGCUUCAAAUUGAAUUGAAACCAAACCUUUUCCCGCUUCAAGCUCCACGCCUGUUGGAAUUUAUUUAUGUUGUUUGCCAAGCUCCCAAGAACAGAAACCAACACAAAAACAAACAAAAAAAAAACACAAAAAGAAAGAAAAAAAAAAUUAAGGAAAGAAGAAGUGUAAGAGACACAACCCAUCUAGUCAAUGCCCAGUGGCUGAGUGCAUUUUGUUAUUAGUUAUUUAUUGAUUGUUUGACGUGCCGAAUCUCAAGUUUCGCACUCACAUACCGACAGCAUCCAAGCAGAGCUCUAUUUACGGGAGGCGAGGCACUUGCUCCAAGCGAAUCUCAAGGGAAUUUCUAACACAAUAGCCGCAAUGUGCCGUCUGUACCACAUACACCAUACACCAAACACCAUACACUAAACACCAAACACCAAACACCAUACACCAAACACACCAUACACCACAAUACAUGCGACCACACGGAACUAGUUUCAUUUGUUUUACGUAUUCGAAAUCUUGCACAACUUCCUUCUCAAGUAUUAAAGCGAUAUUAUUUUAAAGUUACCUUAUUGUUAUACAUAAAUAUUUAUAAAAUGAAAACAAACAAACAAAAAGAAACAAACAAACAAACAAAACAAAAUGAAGCCAAAAAGCCCUAAUACAAACGCAUACAAUUUACCAACAAAGAGAAAAAGAAAGUAAAGCUAACUAAUCAUAGAGGUAAAAAUCUAAACCCACAAAGAGAAUGUCUAUAAAAUUCAUAUUAAUUUAUGCUAAAACAAAUUAUGAAUACAAAACGUGUUUAGUCUGUAAGCAAAAAUGGAGGAGAAGGAGAACAAACAAAUUAUAUAUAUAAAGUAUAUAUAUAUAUGAACCAUAUAAAUUGUGAAACUAAAGCAUAUAUAAUACACACAAAUGGCAAAGAUUUAGCGUAAUGAGGAAAACCCGAACAAAAUUAUAUGAAAUUAUGAAAUGUGGCAUAAGGAAGAUAGGAGACAAACAAUAUGACUUUUAUGUGUUGAUUUUAAAGCCAAAGACUCAAGCUAAGUUCUAUUCGCAAUUAACUGCAUUCAAAUCUAGCAUAAAUUUGAUUGGUACCCCUUAAAUGUUGUUACGACUAUUAUUUACUCCAUAGCAAAUUUCGAGAGACGAAAUUGUUUAUGUUUUUCGAUUUCCGUCUACCAAGGCGAGAGGAGGAAUAACCGAAUGCUAAAAUAAAUCAUUAAUCAUAAAUCAUUAAUGGUAACUGCAAGAAGGAAUAGCAAAGGAAGGAUAACAGAUGAUUUAUUAACUUUAAGCAGCGUUGUUAACUAAAAAUAAAAGUCGUAAGGCAAAGGCAAGCAUAAACACACAUUUGUAUGUAAUAAUAACGCCCAGUGUCUAAUAAUAUUUGUGAAAUAGCAAGCCCAGCGUAAGCGCUAGUUACCCAUUUACAAUUUAAAUGUUAACCCAAAGUAUUUUCAAGAACGCAUUUUACCAAAAAAAAAAACAAAAAACACGAGAAAUAAAAACAAAUUAAAACAACAAACAAAAACCAAAACACAAGAAAUUAAGGACGAAGUAUAGGCAAAAUGUUGAAAGCUAUGGAUAAUUUUUUAAGCAAUGCCCUCAGAGGCCGUUGCAAAGAUAGAGGCGCGUAUUCAAUUAAAUUUAAACAAAGAGUAUAAAAACAAGCAAAACUCCAGCCAACAAGAUAAACUCAUAUGAACAUAGGUAUAGAUCCUCGAUCGAACAUAGGGAUCGUAACCAGGAUCAGGAUCACGAUCGGGAUCGGGAAUAGGUCAGUCGAAAAAAGGGUACAUUUAAUGGGAGAGAAACUGAGGAGGGAUUAGAACAAAUCGCGUGACCGUAACCUGACAAAAAACCACAAAAAAACAAAACUUAUAGGAAAAUGUGCAACCAAAAAUGUUAGCUAUAAGCUCUCACAAACAAAUACGCAAAGCUGAACGCUCCCCGCGCUCCCCCGUUGUCUCCACCUACUUGCUGCAAACAUAAGACCCCGAAACUUAUAGUGAAUAUAUAUCAUGGCUUGCCAAAGGGGCUCUUCAACUAAACUCCGAACUCAGAACUCCGAACUUUGAACUCUGAACUCUGAACUCUGAAUGUACUCACCCGAUCAGCUUAGCUAACUUUUUCUGGAGCCACGCAGCUCAAGCAAACACUCAAACUCAAACUCACACCCACUUACAUAUGUGCAACUUUUUCAUGUACCUUUCGCAUCUUAGAUACUUAAAUGGAUUAUUAACGGAAGCCCCGAAAAUUGUUAACUGAUCUAAGGCAGAACUACACACAAACUACUAAGAAAAUAUACUGAAUUAUUUAUGGAACGGCGUACAAAACUAAAGCGCAACAAAUUGGGAGAGAAAGGUUAGGAAUCAUUGCAAAGUAAUAAUCAUAAACACAAAAGUAUUCAGAAAACAACACACACAAAACACACAAGGCACAUGAAAAAUACAAAGCAGAUGGAAAAACAAACUACAACUGAGAAAAAAGAAAAAACACGGCAUAAAUAAAGUUUAAGUUAUGUUUAAACAAGAGAUAAAUAACUGUAACGGUAAAGUCGAAAGUCAACAGUUGAUAUGUUGUAAAAAAGCUAUUAAAUAAAAAGAAAAACACAAAAAAAGAAAAGAUUACCAAGGAAGGCAAGUGAGCGUAAUUGAAUGUUAAAGAAGCUACUAAGUAAAUGGUACGAGCAGAUGUGUGCAAAGAUAACCAAAGAAAGCAAAUUGAAAACAAGAAAAAUUGAUUUAUAACAUUAAGUGAAAACUAAUUAAUAAAUAAAGAGGUAACACCUAUGAAAAAUGUAA